GUCAGAAACUAUAACAACUCGCGAAAUGAAAAUGUGGUAGCUAUCUUCAGGAAGGAUAGGCCAGUCUCGAUUUCGUCAUGUUCCAAAGUGUGUGUACUCAUGUUUUGAUUGUCGUUUCGACUCUCCUAUUACCGUCGGUCUUCUCACAUCAUGAAGGGGUGGAAUGUGGAUGCGUGCACUUCAGAGGAGUUUGCAAGGUGAUGCGUGACUGUCCAGAGCUGAUGAGAGGAAUGCCAUCAGGACGGCCGCCGAUAACAUGUGGACAUACUUUCAAUGGGCAACCAAUAGUAUGUUGUCCAAAGCAUUGGUCUGCUAUGGGUGGUCAUAUGAGACCUCAUUUCAUAACCAAUCCUUUUUUCAGUAUGAAUCCUCCCUUCAAUAUGAACCCUCCAUUCAAUAAGAAUCCUUCCUUCAAUAUGAAUCCUCCUUUCAAUAAUAACCCUCCCUUCAAUAAGAAUCCUUCCUUCAAUAUGAACCCUACCUUCAAUAUGAAUCCUCCUUUUAAUAAUUGGAAAUCUCCUCAUCAAAUUGAUUCAAAGCCAAACCCUAGCCAAAACCCAAAGUUGCCGACCGGAAUGAAUGUGAUCAGCAAACGAGGCGAUUUGAAUCAGAAAGACGAUAAAGAGUCGAAAACCUCAAAAGAAACAGAGAAUUCCAUUCCAAUAUCAGUUAGAAAAUGUGAAGAAUACAAUGAUAUUGUCAGAGGUACUAAAAAUAAAUGCCCAGAUUUGAAAAUUUUCGUAGUUGGUGGUGUGGAAGCUGCUUCAAAGGAAGCUCCAUUCAUGGCUUUGAUUGGAUACGGAGACAAGAGCUCAUUGGAAUGGAUGUGUGGAGGCUCGCUUAUUAGUCCGAGGUUCGUCCUUUCGGCUGCUCACUGCAAUACAAGUCCAAGUGGCCCACCUCGAGUUGCAAGACUGGGAGACUUGGAUGUUUCAAGAACAGACGAUGACGCAAAGCCAAUUGACCACGACAUAGAAGAGUUCAUCAAUCACCCCGACUACAACCCCGCUGCGGUUUACAAUGACAUUGCGCUUUACCGAUUGAAAACUGAUGUACAGUUCAAUGACUACAUUAAGCCUAUCUGCUUACCGGAGCCAGGCAAAGUGGGAUGGAUCACUAAUGUUAUUGCAGCUGGGUGGGGAAGGAAAGACUUUGUGGGCAAGACCAGCCCAACUCUUCUGAAGGUGGAGUUGGAUGGAUUGGAGAUAGGCGAUUGUAACGGAACUGCUGAGAAUAAUCCAGAAGUGCCAAGAGGACUCGAUGAUAACACCAUGAUCUGCGCUGGCAAGCUGGAGGGAGGCAAAGACACUUGCUCGGGUGAUUCGGGUGGACCGCUGUUCUUCCCACCUCGCCUGGGACGAUCACCAGACUGUGAGCUGCGCACGCAGGUCGGAAUCACAUCUUUCGGCAAGCAGUGCGGUCUUGAAGGUUUUCCCGGAGUUUACACCAAGGUGGAAGCGUAUGUGCCGUGGAUCGAGUCUCAUGUAUGGCCAGCUAGCAACAGCAAAUUAGAUCUUAGGGAGUUAUUCAUAUGGACUGAUAAAUGAUUUAUAUUCUGUGAGUCUUAUUGACACAGUGAAUAAUAAAAUGAAAUUGAAAAAAG